AUGAAGUGCUCAAAUCAAAGUCAUGCCGUGCCACAUAGUACCACUCAACCAAGUCACGAUCAACAAUGGAUUGUGAACCAAGAGAAGAAAAUAAUUCAGUUGGUCCAAAACAUAAAUACGAAAAUAAAAAGUGCUGAAAGUGAAAAAGAUUUAAUUUUGAGAAUUAUAGCUCACUUACAAACUCAAGAGGGACUUGCUACUGACAGUAACAAAUAUUCCAGUCAUGAAUCAUAUCCAGUGAACGGAAUUAAGUCCUUAUGUGCUGAGAAUAAGGGGAAGCAAAACUCGUGUGAAAAAGUUGAGCACAAUGACAAAAACGCUCUGUGCAAAUUAGGCAAUCUUUCUGAGGGAAUUCAUUCAAAGUGUAUCAGAUGCAAUAAUGCUCCAAACAAUUCUAAACAAUCGCGACGUAAUUCAAAUUCAGUCAGUCCUCCGGAAAAUUGUGGUGCAGUGGAGCUUCAUAACAUUGAAAAAUUUAUUAACGUUGUGCUGAUUCGAAAGCUUCAAACUUUGGCUGAUCAUUGUCGCAAAUCUUUACAAACAUGUUUAUAUCUCCAUCAAAAUGGUAGUAUGAAUCCUGCUCAUCAACCUGAAACGCCAACUUGGACUAAUGUACCUAAUUUCUUUCCAAGAGGUUGUCCAUGUAUAAAUUCCAGUUUAAAUGAUGGACUACUUAUGCGUAAUUCUAAUCGCGAUACAACUGCCACUACCCUUUAUAAAGUCAAAGAUGAACACUCUUGUAAAACUUUAUUGAAUAAUUCGAUUUCGAUGAAUCCAACAUUUAAUUCUAAGUCUCAAAAUUAUCAAGCUUUUGAACGUAGAACAAAUGUUAAACCAUGUAAAAAGAUUUUGAAUGCUAAUAAAUUAACAUUUACAAGUAAUAAAUAUUGUAGUGGAAAAUGUUAUCACUGUAAAGAAAAUCAGUUGAGAACACCUGUGAUACGCGAAGUGAUUGACCAUACGGCACCAAUGAGAAAAAUAGAAUGGAGAUAA